AUGGAAGAUCGAAUCAUGCUCGACGUCCGCUGGAAUAAGCGGAGCUGGGAUAAUGAGGCGGUGGACGCCGAGGAGGGACCGCGGAGGAAGGAUGGUCUGCAACGAGGAUUUGCCGCCAACAACAAGAUUUACGUGUCUUCUGAAAUUAAGCCCCUUGCUUUGAUGCAGCAGAGUUGUUAUUGUUUUGGUCUUUUUGAAAACUUUAGGUAUAGUUUCAUGCAUUGCUUUAGUAGUGAACCCCCUCCUAUUGUGAUUGCUACUGGUAUAAGAUUAAGGCCUAAAUUUACAGAUGGGAGCCCUCCUAUUGAUGAAGUUAUACAAGAUGGAUGGCUCCCUCUGUUGGCUAAGUUCCUAUUGAGGGAUGAUUUUCCAGAGCUCCAGUUUGAAGCUGCCUGGGCUCUCGCAACUGUUGCGUCUGGGACUUCUGAUCAUACAAGAGAGGUGAUAGAUCAAGAUGUUGUGCCUAUAUUUGUAAAGCUCCUGAGUUCUCCUAUUGAUCAUGUUCGUGAGCAAGUCUGUGUCUUCCUAAAGGCUGUAUGGGCAUUGGGAAAGAUUGCUGGUGACUCUCCUACCUUUCGUGAUAUUGUUCUGAGCAAAGACGCUUUGAGUCCUUUGCUGGCACAACGGAAUGAGUAUGCAACAGUUUCGAUGCUGAGAAAUGUGGCAUUGACAUUGUUUAACUUCUGUCGUGGCAAUCCUCAUCCUCCAUUCGAUCAGCUCUCAAGCUCCUUGUUUAUUUUUGAUGACCCUGAUGUGCUAACAUGUGCAUGUUGGGCACUGUCACAUCUCUCUGACGAUACAAACAAAAAUUGUAUACAAGCUGUAAUCAGAACGGGUGUCUGUCCACGACUUGUGGAGCUACUCUCACAUUCAUCAACCUCUGUGGUUAUUCCUGCACUUCGUACAUUCAUGAAUAUUGCGAGGGGAGAUGAUUCUCAGAGGCAGAUUAUAAUUGACCGUGGGGUGCUUUCUUGUUUGCCAAACCUGUUGAUGCAUGGAGAUAACAAAACAAUCAAGAAAGUAGCUUGCUGGACCAUCUAUAAUAUUGCUGCCGGAAGGAAGAUGCAGAACAAGGCAGUAAUUGAUGCAGGAUUGAUUCGACCUUUAAUUCAUUUGCUACAAACUGUGGAGUCUGAUAUAAAGCAAGAAGCUGCGAAGACUGUUUUUAAUCUCAUCUGUGGUGGAACUCGUCAUGGAAACAAUAUUUUGGGUUUGGAGCGGUUUAUACCGCCAUUAUGUGAUCUUCUCGAGAGCGAUGAUCCUAUUGUCGUUAUGGCUUGUCUUAAGGGCCUUGAAAUCAUGUAUAACCCCGCUGAUAAGGAAAAUUAUCCUAGAGGUUUCAAUUUCUCUGUGAAAUUGAUUGAUGAAGCUGAAGGCUUGGAUGAGAUCGACAAGUUGAGGACGCACGACAAUGAUGAAGUUCGUUCAAAGGCAUUGGAGAUGUGGGAGCCGCUAUAUAGUGAGGCAACAAAGGUUUGGAAAUUCUUUGAAGAGAUGGGAGAUUUAUUUUAUUGA